AUGUACGAAGAUUCAUGGUAUAGCUACGUCCCCGAGGUGUCCCCCGCAACAACUCGCACCAACCAGGCCCGACGGAGGGGGAACACCUUGCUCCAGCAACCACAUGAGACAGCCAAUUCAGUAGCUGAGACAACAGUGCAUAUUGACAAUGUCUAUGAAGAGAUCGAAAACACCAACACCCCGCCAGAGGCCACAGUGAGGCGGCGAGCGGCAUCCACCUCCGAGUUCUACCGAAAGCAUACGAGAGAAACUACGAAGGAGACAAGGUCUUCGGGGAGGAAAAAUAGACAAUGGGAAGCUUUGACGCUGUCAGUAGGAGCUCUCGAAUUGGAGAACAAGACCAAUUGCGAGCGAGCGACCUACGCUGGACGGAGCGCCGAGCUACUUGAAGCAAGCCAGGAGAAGUAUCUGCUGUAUGGCGACCAACUUAUGCUCACCGAAGUUCAUCUGGAUGGCCUGAUUCACGACGCAAAUAAGACCCUCGACCUUCUCACGACGCUCUCCAACUCGUUCAAAGCUGUUGAAGCACAGACAUCGAGCUUCCAGUCCCAAUGCGAGGAUCUCCUGUCCGAACAGCAGCGGCUUGAAUACUUAGCUGAGGAUGUAGGCACUGACCUACGUUAUUACACUUACCUGGAUACGGCCACUCGACGACUGAAUGCUCCGGGGGCGGGCCGCCUCGUAGACGGCGAGGACUUCGGAGGUGUUGUGGAGGACAUCAAUGCCUGCAUCGAGUUUAUGACAGACCAUGAAAACUAUCGAGAUCAUGAUACGUACCUCGCACGUUAUAGCUCGCUCUUAACAAAGGCGCUGCAUCUCCUUGAUCACGGAUUCACAAGCAGGUUAGAAAAGAUCAUGUCCGAGAUCGGGCGUCAGAUUGCAGAAACACAAUCAGAGUCGGCACGUCAUGCUCUGGCCUACGGGCGUUUUGAGGAGAUGGUGAUGGACACAUACUUCCUCGUUCCAAAUGUCCAGAGGGUCAUUCGCCAUGCCUAUGAUCAGUACGGCCGAAAAGUCGAUACACCUCGUGACGUGUCGACCUACAUUAACUCUGCCACUAACAUUUUCCAAACCUAUCUGACGGCCCGGGAUCGUGAACUCAAGGUCAUGACCCAGCAUGAUCUGGAAGAGUACAAGACAGAAUCAAAGAACCUGUCUAUUGAGACUGCCUCUCGCAACUUCAUCAAGCAGUCAUUUGAGCGUGUUUAUAAUGAGGAGACUAUUUUCAUCAAGAUUUUUAGCGUGGAGCCUUGUUGGAGUAAUGCAGUUGAUUCGGCAUUCCAUGCCAUUAAAGGGAUCAACACAACCAUGAUUCACCCUGGGCACUUUGCACCCCUCGGUUCAGCUCUUCUAGCCACCUUGCAGCCUGCCGAUUUACAGACAAAAUGCAACAUUGCAAGCUGGCUGGCAAGCGAAUACUCCGUGGCGGAGUACGAGGACGAUGAAUCGCCCUUCCUACGCAAGUGUAGAGAGUACGCUGCACGUGUCUUAAUCGACGUAAUCUGGCCAUUCAUCGAGACCUCAUUCGAAGCUGAAAUAACCAAGUCUAUCUCGAAAGCAACAAUACAGGAUAGCACGCUCAAUAUCGGCACCUCGGAAGAAAAUGGCAUCACCUCCCAUGCUCACCCGCUGGUGAAACGCGCAACCAACCUUCUUGCGCAGUUUGACCAGGCCAUGCCCAAAGAACGAUCUGCGAAAAAUAGUUCUGUAGUUUUCAAAAUCGUUCGCGAGACUAUACAAUUUUUGCAAAAGGCAGAGGCUAGGAUCCGGGCGCUGAAACGCACCGAUGCCGAUAUCUUCAUGAUCAAGAAUCUUCUCAUUAUCAAGAAUGAGCUUGUUUCGCUAGAAUUUGGCGAUAUUCGAGGCCAGAGUCAAGCAUCCUCACUGCAGCAUUUCAGCCACAUUUGGGAGACACUGAGCCCCCAGAACUGGGGCAACCUCCUUGGCAGCAUUGUUGGAGGGUCACUCGGGGGCGCAUUAUGGUCUCGGGGCACACCGACCGUCACAGCAAAGACAAUGACUGUCGAGGACAUGAGCGAACAGCUGGACGAAAUACUUCGACAGUCCAUCUACGCCUUUACGAAUCGGUGGGCCACUCUGAUGAUUGACUCGCAGAACAGAAAGGCCGGAGUUAAGCCAAUUGCCAAGAUAGAAGCCGAGCUGGAGAACCUCCUGCAAACGGCGUUUAGCCACCAACCUGAAAUCACCGGGAAACUGAAAGAGGCGAUUGAAAUGAGUAUCAAUGCCCAGACCAAGGAAAGCGAUGGGAAAAAGGGUAUUCGCCGAUACUAA